AUGCAUGAAGAGGUGACCUUGGGAUAUCACUCUGGUGAUACUGUAAGAAUGAAUGCAACUUCCACCAGCUAUUUCAUGUUCCUUGGAUUUCCCAGCCAUUUGGAGGUGCAGAUUCCCAUGCUUCUUCUACUUUCUGCUGUCUACGUGGUCACUGUAACUGGGAACUCUUUCAUCAUUGCCAUCACUUUUGCAGACACAAACCUUCAUUCCCCGAUGUAUUUCUUUCUCAGCGUUCUAUCACUCCUGGAGAUUUGCUAUACCACAGUCACCCUCCCCAAGAUGCUGCAUGACCUUGUUUCAAGAGACAAGUCUAUCUCGUUCAGCGGCUGUGCUCUCCAGAUGUAUUUUCUUUUAUUCCUAGGAACAGUAGAGUGCUUCCUCUUGGCUGUGAUGUCUUACGACCGGUACCUUGCAAUAUGCCUCCCUUUGCACUAUAUGGUUUUGAUGUCCAAAGGUGUUUGUGUCCGCCUAACUUUGGCUUCAUGGCUGUGUGGCAUUCUUCUUCCGCUGGUCAAUACAAGCUGGGCAUUCAGCUUGCCAUACUGUGGCUCUAACAAGAUCAACCAUUUCUUCUGUGACUUCCCACCAGUUUUGAAGCUAGCCUGUGCUGAUACAUCUCUGAAUGAAGCAGUGAUGCUAGUGAGCAGUUUGAUCAUCACUCUGAUACCUUUCGUCUUCAUACUCAUAUCCUAUGCCUGUAUCCUUGGCACCAUAUUAAGGGUGCCUUCAGCUACAGGUAGGCAGAAGUUGUUCUCCACCUGUUCUUCACACCUCAUCAUGGUGACACUUUUCUAUGGCACAGCCAGCUUUAUGUACUUGCAGCCCAAAUCCAAUUAUUCUUUAGAACGAGAUAAAUUCCUCUCCCUUUUUUACACUGUUAUAACACCAAUGCUAAACCCCAUCAUUUAUACCUUGAGGAACACAGAGGUGAAAAAGGCAAUGAAGAGAAUGACAAAGAGGAAAAUAUUGUUCUAA